AUGGCCUCCCACCUCCGCAACGUCUCCAAGGCCCGCCUGGGCAUCACAUCCGUCAAGAACACAAAGUACAACAUGCGCCUCGCCCUCGCCCUCCACCGCUCCGGCUUCAUCUCCAACGUCUACCGCGGGGGGCCCCACCCCCCGACCCUCGAGGACAUGGUCUCCAAGGAGCCCGAGCCCGUCACCAACCUCAACGCCGCCCGGAUGCGGCUCUGGCUCGGCAUGAAGUACUGGGACGGCAAGCCCGUGCUCACAAACGUCAAGAUGA